AUGGAAGAUUACAGCAAAGGUCUUUGGAUGGCGGCAAAAGUCUAUAGUGUACUGAUUUCAGACCAUCCAAAGACGAUUAUACUGAAAUCUACCCACAAAAAGGAUCCAGCAAAAUUCACUGUCAACAAAGCCGUACUAUGCCACUACUCGUCCUUCUUUGAGAAGGCCUUCGACGGAAACUGGAAAGAAAGCCAUGAGAUGAAAGUUGAGUUCGAGGUUGACAUUUCACAA